AUGAGCCUCGUAGUGUUCUUUCAAGUUUCCUGGAAUCAGAGCACGCUUUCUUGGAAUCGAGAAGAAUUUGAGAAUAUCAGGUCACUUAAUAUUGAUUCAAAACGAUUGUGGCGUCCAAGAAUUUUCGUUUUUGUUGGAGAUCAAGACUCACUUAAACUAGAAAUUUCCGAAACAUUUACGGUUCAAGAUGAUGGAUUGACGUAUUCCGAGAACUUCCAGCAGCUGUCUUUCCGUUGCGACAUUGCAUUUGAGCAUUAUCCUUUCGAUAGUCAAAACUGCAGCUUUGGACUGUACGAAAUGAAUGAAAACUACACGAUAGCAGCGACGCAUUUCGAUUUCUCACUGGACGAUGUCUACAGAAUCAGUGGAGAAUGGAGUCUGCUGGCUCGAAGCUACUCGAUGGUGGAAAGUAAAAAUUUGUUGACUUUUCCAAAGUUUUCAUUUACAGUUCGGCGACAUUCGACGUAUUACGUCAUAACGAUCAUCUUCCCAAUGGUUCUCACGUCUGUUCUCAUACCCCUCGUGUUCCUCAUUCCGGCGUACACGGGGGAGAAAAUUUCCUACCUCAUUGCAAUUUUUACGUCCACUGCAGUUUUUCUCAACUUCAUCAGGUGA